CAAGUGGAUGGAGGGGUCCAUUCGCAAUGACCUGGACGCACAAUAUGAGAGCCAAUGAUCGCUUAUUUUACUGCUCCAAGUAAUCACGAGCAACUAACAGCCGCCAUUGUAAGGGGUUAAUGCUGAGUUUAUGUUGUAUAAAAUAACGAGUUGCGAAAGCAAGUUGGUACCCUGAAGGCCCAGAAGACCUUGUCGUCUAUUUCCACCGUUAUCCUGGGUGGCAUUUCAAGAAAGCUAUUUUUUCUCGAAGUGGCAUGGAAGUUAAAGAGCUCCGGUUCAUCGACGGCCUGUGCAUCCGCUCGUUCUUCCCUGAAUCACUCAUUCGAUCAACUCUGGCUUACAGUCCCCAUCCCGAUGACGUCUUCGUCGUCUCGUACCCAAAGUGUGGCACGACCUGGACGCAGUACCUAAUACUCAGCGUACUCACGGACGGGGAACCACCUACAAGCCUCGAAGACUUCAUGCUGGCCUCACCGUAUAUGGAAAUGAUGGGUGCUGAAGCAGCAGAAAAAAUGCCGAGACCAGCACUGCUCAAAACGCACCUUCCGUUUGACAAGCAACCGUACUCUGAACAAGCCAAGUACAUCUACGUCGCACGCAACCCCUACGAUGUCUGCGUGUCAUAUUACUACUUCCUCAAGAGCAUGACGCCCAAGAGAGUUAAGGACGUCUCAUUUUCAAAGUUUCACCAGCUUUUUGUCUCAGGCAGUGUAUCCUACGGCGACUACUUCGACCAUUUGCUUUCGUGGUACAAACACCGCCACGACGAUAACGUGCUCUUUUUGACCUAUGAACAGCUGAAGAAGGAACCUGAUUUUUGGACAUUGAAGAUCGCAGAUUUCCUGGGCGGAGACUAUGCCGACCGCAUGCGGGAGGACCCCAGUUCUGCUUCAAAAAGUUCUUGACGCAACAAUGCUCGAAAAGAUGAAGGAAGUAUUUAACGGCAAGAUGUUUACUGUGAUCCAGCGCCUCCUAGACCUGCCCCCUGACAGGUCUAUUGAAUCAAUGGAAGUCUACAGGAGUAAGUUGGCGCAUCGUGAAGAGAUGCACGAAGAUCACGGCUUUGUGCGCAAGGGAGUUGUUGGUGAUUGGAGAGCUCACUUCACUAAGGCCCAGAUUAGGAAAACCAAGUCGUGGAUUGCGAGAAAGACCGAAGGUUCUGAUGUAAUGCGGCUGUGGAAAGAUCUCGACCUGCCAUGACAACUGCUCAUUACAACGGAUUCAAGAGCUGCUAUGAAAGUGAGAUGAAAGCUAGCACCGAGCGGUGCGAUUUCUGUGUGGUGGAAUCGCUUAUGACACAAAGCACAUCAACACUAAAGAAUGGCUCUUACGUUCACUUCUGCCAGGAAACAAAGACUUCACUGUGAAAAUGACUGGAAGCAUCCGCAAAAGUUUUAGGGCAGCCCGGGAGGAACAUAUGUGGUCGUUAACGCGCAACAAACCCUUAUAAACUUUGGUAGACAAACGAACAAACAAACAGCGCCGUAAAACAUGCUAAAGAGGAUAAAGGUGACUGAAGAACGCCAUUCCACACUUUAAAUACGGACAGAGCAAAAAGCGUAAACGUGAGUCGAUCAGUGGAGUAAAUGUUUAUAACGUAAACGACUUGCUCUAGUGGGUAAGGGUGAGGUAAAUGAACGCCGCCACUCUCAGAGACAGUAAUAGCACCAGAGUAAUUCAUCUCAUAAAUGUGCAACCCAGGUGUAAGUGGAGUAGUCUAGUUUUGCUAAGAUGCAGCUGGAUAGUACAAAUUGAACAAUUAUUACAGUUUCACUUUACCACCUUUAGAGCAAGUACACUGGUACAACUAUUACUCUGUCGCAUCUGCUUGAGGCAUAUUCGCCCCUGUUUACUGUAAAACAGCAGUAAUUUAAAGCUCCUUUUAGAAACUUUGAGUUAAGGACUGUCAGAUUUUAAACGACUGCAGACACUUAUACACAGGUACUUGGUAGUGCUCAGCCCAGGCUUCCUAUAGUGUAGCAAUGUAUUGUAUAUACGUCAAAAACCUAAAUGCCACUUCAAACUGCAUAAAAUCUUUCAUUCCUUGUUCUUUAACCAGCAGGGGCAAAGCUCACCCAACCUUAAAAAUCUUGCAAAAGGCACUUAAACUGAUGAAAAAAAAUAUAGACAGAGGUAAGCGAAAUCAUUUGCAAUGAAAUACGAAUAACAGAUAUAAGCACACAUAAUGAAAGACCUGAAUAUUUUGUUGAAACCGAACGAAAUUAUAGCAGUGCAGAAAUUAAGGAGAAAAUGAAUAUUGUCACAUAAUAAAAACAUAGCAUGCGCAUAUUAGGCUGCGUUGUUAAUGUGCCUCUGGUAUCAACGGCAAUGUCGCUACUGACACAAUAUCAACCAGUAGGACGAAUACUGAAAACAAGCAUUGUUACUUCGGGAACUAGGGAAGGCAGUAGUAUCGUAGGCAGGACGAGCUGUUGCAAUACUGAGUGAGACAUCACAAUUUACACCUUUCUUUCAGGCCUAACACAAAUAACUUGUUCUGUGUAGGUGCAUAAGCACAAAAGAAUGCAUAGUAACAGCAGAAAAGAUGACAAGCUUUGCUCUUGCAGUUAUUAGUGAUAAAAGCUAUAAGUGACGCACCAAAGAAACAUGCACUUUGUGGCAUAGGCAAAUGUGUAGAAUAGUGAGCGCUUCGGUGGCACAAAGGGGUUGGCGUGAUGCGAGUAAGGCCUAUUGAGCCAUUUUAAGACGACCAAUACAUUUCUGUUUGAGCUGAUGUACUCAGUAAUGAACGAUCAUUACCAUCUGGCCAACAAAGUCAACCAAGAGCAUUUGAAGAUACUGAAGAUCAACACAAUAACUGUCAUCGUUAUCACCAUCAUCAGCUUAUUUAGGUCCACUGAAGGACGAAGACUUCUCCCAGCUAUCUCCAAUUACCCUUCCCUUACGCCAGGUGACCCCAUUUUAUGCGUGCGAAUUUCCUAACUUAAUCACAGUACCUCAUUGUCUGCCGUCUACAAAUCUGCUUGCCUUUUCUUGACUUCCAUUCUGUAACUCUAACAGACCACCAUCACCUGCACUACGCAUUACAAUUCCGGCCAAAUUAAAUUU